AUGAAGCCGGGAGAACUCGUAGCGACGCGGAUGAGUGGGGGCAUCACCAUUGCUCGCGUGGUCGAUGUGGACACCUCACGCGUACGCGUUGCAAUACGCCGCAAGAAGGAAGCGCGCCUGCCAACUGAGCGCAUCAUAUUUGCUACGCAGAUAUUCGCGGAAGACGAUGAAGAAGUAGCGAACUUCCGCCGGCAGAGCGAGGAAAUCGCCGACACAGUUGACAUCGCCGAACUAUGGGAAGUCGUCAGUGAUGAUCAGACCGCCCUACCCUUCAACGACCUGAGUGAGCUGUACUGGGGCGUGGAUGCAGCAGCAGUACAGCAAGUCGCCCUACUAUUGUGCUUAGAUAAGGACACCCUCUACUUCGAGGAUGGCAAGGCGGGCUACACACCACGCGCGCCAACUGCCGUUGAGGAGACGCUUGCGCGUCGAAGGCGACAGGCGCAGCAAUCCGAGGAAGCAGACGCCCUUCUCGCCUGCUUGGAGCGCGGGGAACUACCGCCCACGCUUACAUCGCACCAGCAGAUGCUUAUUGACAGUAUCCGAGUAUUUGCUGCAUUCGGCGACGACUACACUCGCAGCGCGCUAGUCAAGGCACUUCUGAACAAGAUGGAGCGGAAGACCGGCAAUCUCCAGCGCCUUGCCUUCGAUGUGCUUGUGUCCUGCGAUGAGUUCGCCGAAGAUGAGCCGCUUGAACUCGUGCGAGACGAGAUCGUUGAGGCAUUCUCGGAUGAAGCGCUCGCCAUGGCAGAGUCCGUAAGUGAAGCCGAACUGCUUAGCGACGCCAAUCGAAUCGACCUGACCGCCCUGCCCACCAUCACCAUCGACGACGCGGACACGCAGGACCGAGACGACGCCCUGUCGCUGGAACGGCUAGACGACGAGGGCGGCGGAGCGGAGAGAUUUCGACUUGGUGUGCACAUCACGGAUGCCGGCGCGCUCAUUCCACAAGACAGUGUCCUCGAUGAAGAGGCGAACCGUCGCAUGGCAACGCUCUACAUUCCCGAUCGCAAGAUACCGAUGCUGCCGACGGUCAUAUCGCACGACAAGGGCAGCCUAGAAGCGGGCAAGCGCCGUGCUGCGCUCAGCCUCCUUGCAGACAUCGGCGCAGACGGCGAGAUACUGCGCUACGAGGUCAGGCCAUCGGUUAUCGUAAGUGACGCUGCCCUGUCUUACGACGAAGCCGAUGCGGCAAUCUCGGACGCUGACGAACCUUAUCACGACCUGCUGGCAAACCUGCACACGCUGACCGAAGCGUUGAAGCAGCAGCGCGAAGCCGCAGGCGCAGUCAACAUCGAUCGCUCUGAAAUGCUCAUCAAGGUCGUGUCGUCCAACGAUGUGCAGGUGAGGGUCGUCGAGCGCGCCUCGCCAGCGCGCCAGAUGGUCGCCGAGUGCAUGGUGAUGUGCAACUCGCUGCUGGCGUCAUUCUGCCGCGACCACGGCAUCCCCGCGGCGUACCGUUCACAGUCCGCGCCCGACCUCAACGACCUUGGCGCAGGAUUGCCAUCGGGUGUGGAGAUCGGCGAAGAUGGCCCCUUGCGCCAGUAUCUUAUGAUGCGCCGCUUCGCCCCCGCCGAUACACGUACCGCGCCCGCACCGCAUGGUGGUCUCGGCGUGUCGGCGUACAUACAGGCAACAUCGCCGUUGCGCCGCUACCCCGACAUGGUGAUGCAGCGCCAGAUAACACAUUACCUCAGCGCCGGCGAGCCGCUUUACAGCGUGGAGGACAUUACCAGUGUCGCGGGUCGUGCCGACAUGCAGAUUCGAGCGAUGGGCAAGCUGGAAGAUGAGCGCCGCCGCUACUGGCUAUUGAAGUUCUUCAAGCUGCGUAUGGAAAAGGCGCAGGACGAUGAAGAGGCUUCCUUGUUCAAGGCCGUCGUGCUCGAAAACCAGCCGCGUCGCUCAGCCAUGCUCGAACUCGCGGAUUACCCCUUCCGAGUACGCGCCCGCCUGCCCGAUGCUAUACUACCCGGCGCGACAGUAAGCCUACGCCUGCACAGCGUUGACCUCUGGGAGAAGAGGACGAACUUCAUCCACGAGCCGGAUAUUACUUGA